AUGAAUAUGUUCAGUGAUAUUAAAGACGAGUUGCAUGGUCAAGAACAGGACAUGGCAGAAGCAACAGCCACAGCAAAUACUCUUGCUGAUAUUUCCACUCUCAUAACGCAGCAGAGUAAGAAUUACGGUGAUUGUAGGCUUGGAAUGACUGAAUGCAAUGAAAAAAGACCAAGGCGUGGUCGUGUGGCAGAACAUCCAUGUUGGGAAUUGGUGCAGCGAGUUGAUGAGUAUAACUGUAUGAUUUGUAGAAUAUGCUCCAAGGUGGUAAAAUGUUUGAAUACCCGGAAUGCAAUGCAGCAUUUUAACAGUUGUCAUCCACAGAUUGCUGUUGAACUUGAUCAAUCAUGGCAAAUGAAGUUGCAACUCAAAGCUGAUUUCAAUCGCAUAUCCACUGAAACCUCGUUAUUUCAUAGAAACAUGUGGAAAAGGCGUGGUCGUUCAGCAGAACAUCCUAGUUGGCGUUAUUUCUGUCGAAUUAAUCGAAAGAGUUCUAAUUGUAAACUGUGCGGUGUUCAUGUGGCAUAUGCAUGCUCUGGAAAUUUGAUGAAACACUUAAAAUCCAGGCAUCUUGCAGAAUUUGCUGUAACUCAGCGAGAAUGGAAAGAAAUUCUUAAGAGAAAGAAACAGCUUUGCGAAUUACGGCUAAAAGUAAGUUCGAAUGCAUCAGGAUCUGAAGAACAGUCACCAUCAAAUUUCUUAUCUUAUGAUUAUGAAGAUGAACAGGAUGAGGGCUUAGUUGGAGAUGGUAGCGAAGGAGAGGAAGACGGUAACGUAGAACUUUUCGAGCAGAGCAGUGGGAAUGAUAAUGAUGGUUCAGCGUCAAAUGAGGCUGAUUCGAAGUUGGAUGAUUUUGAUAGUCAGACAACUACUGAGCAACACGACACAACACAUGAACCUUCCAUUGCGGGUGAUACAAACAUAACCGAUGUUAGUGAAACAGCAAACAAGAUUUUGCAGUCAAUUGGAUUUUCAUCUAAUCCACCUAAAUCACCUUCACCUGGUUUGCAACAAGGGCCACGGCUUUCACAGACCUCUUUGGGUACAAAAAAUGACACAUUUAGAAGACGUAUCACCUUUUUCGUAAACGGAUUAACGGAAGAUUUGGUAUCAUUCCCAAUGGAAAAAUCUUUGUUAUGUAUGCGUCAAAUCCGAAAAUAUAUGGAUGAAAAGUUGAUUGGACUGGAAGGAACUAUACAAAAUUCGGAAGUAGAUACUAAUGUUACUUAA